AUGGUUAAUAAGGCGGUUGAAAAUGGGGAUUUUAUUGGUUGUAAUGUUAAAGGUAAAUGUUUUGUUGAUGUGCUUCAAUUUGCAGAUGACACUUUAUUAGUAGGAGAUGGUAGUUGGAAGCACUUAUGGGUCAUCAAAGAGGUGUUGAGAGGUUUUAAGAUUUUGUCUGGUCUCAGCAUUAAUUACAACAAGAGCAAGCUUAUUGGAAUAAACAUUAAUUCUCGUUUCUUGGAUGUGGUUACUUCCUCUAUCUCUUGUAAAAGGGAGGAAAAGGAGUUUUCUUUUCUUGGUAUCUGUAUUGGUUCUAAUCCUAUAAGGAUAAAGUUUUGGAGCCCUUUGGUGGAAAAUAUUAGGAAGCGUUUCAGAACUUGGAAAGGGAGGUGGCUUAGUUUUGGGGGAAGAAUUACUCUUUUGAAAUCAGUGUUAGGUAGUUUACCUAUAUUCACUCUCUCUUUCUACCUGGCUCCUAAAAAGUGGAAGUGGAGAAUCUUGGAGAACACUAACUCUAUUUGGUAUCGGAUGCUUAAAGCUCGAUAUGGAGAUAUUAAGCUUAGGAUGGUUAUUGAAGGAGGAAGGCUUGAUAAUUAUUGUACGAAAUUGGUUUGGUGGUCGGAUAUUUUGUCUUUGGAGAAAAGAACGUCCGGAGGCUCUUUUGUCAAUAAUGUUUCUUUCCGUAUUGGUGACGGAUGGUGUCGUUGCUUGUAUGGGAGCUUGGAUCAGUGA